UUUACUUUCUUUAAUUCUGUGUUUAAUCAAAUACCUUCAAUAAUUGGAGGAGAAUAUUAUAUAUGGCAGUAACCUCUAUAUUUUAAAUGAUAUAAAAAUGUAUAUUUUAUUGUAUAUAAAUUAAACACUUUCUUCUAACCAACUCAGUAGUAUUCUGUUCAUAUCAUCUUUGUCUUGUACGUCUCUCUGCAUUAUUUUACAAAACAUGACAUCCGCCAUUGUAAUUCCCUACCAAAAACUCAAACAACAAAGCAGCUAUUUUGAAGAUGAAGAAGAUAUCGAUUUAAUACACCUAAGAGAAAAAGUAAUUGGAAAAAUUAGGAAAAAACCAGCUUCUUUCUGGAAUAUAAAGUUGAGAAAAGUGCACCUGAAGAAGCGAUUGAAGAUAAAAGUUCCGAGCUUGAAGAAAUUCUUAAGAAGAAAAGCUAGGUUUAUUGUUGCUGCAUUGGCUAAAACGUUGAAGAGAUUGAAGGAAAGUCAGUCGCAUUUUGGGGAUCUUUUUGCUGGAAAUUAUAUGUUUAUGCAGGUUACUCCGACUCCAGUGAAAAUUUGUGCCAAUUACAACAACAAAUCUUCAAAUCUGAAGGCUAUUACUCGCCCCGAUUACCUACAUAGUGGAUUUUCAUCAUUAGGUUCAGCUAGGUAUUUAAAUUUUAAUUAGUUAUUAUUUGUUUUAGCAUCCAUUAAUUAGCUCGACGAAAGUUAUUUUAUUGUAGAAGUUGUUAUUCCUGAUAUCAAGUGUAAUUGUUAAUUGGAGGAAACAAGUUGUUUUCUAAUCCUUUGCUUGUAACUUUUUUUUUGUCCUAGACUCUAGUAGUAGUUAAUGUUGUGUCUCACUACUCUUUCGUUUUCUUAGUGUCGGGUCUUUUUACUGGCUAUCGCUUUUGUGUUUCAUCUAUUUUCUGGUCUUUAUGAUGUUGGUGGCUUUUGCGUUU